CAACACUCUUCCUCAAUCCCAUCAUCACCAACUUCCCUCUCCCUCUCCACUUACUGCAACUUCUCCUCCUCCUCCUCCUCUUUUCCUUCUCAUCCUAAAUCGAACCCCCCCACUCACCCUCCCUACAAGAUGUCAACAUUUGAGGCUCUGAUGGACUUGGCCUCCAAACAAACCAAGGAAUCUCAGAUCGCAUUUGCCAAAGAGAACCAGAUCCGACAAGCUCGAGAAAAAGUGAAACGACUAGAAGAAGAAAGGAAGGAGAAGGAGAGGAUCAGGCUAGAGAAGGAGAGACUGGCCAAGAAAAAAUUAGAGGAUGAAAAGAGGGAGAAGCAGCUCAUCGAGGAACGUCAGAGGAGACAAGCAGAUCGUCUAUCAACGGCUGAACAGACACGCAAACAACAAGAUUCAGACUCAACCAACCGUGCCUCGAGCUCCCGAAUGAACAACGGACCAAGUCCAAGCUCUCGUCACCGGGCCACAACUCGUCCAUCUAGCUCAACUCCCACCAACUUCGACGUAGAUCCAGAAGAGAAGCGUCGACUCGAGCGAGAGGAAAAGCAAGCCAAAGCACGAGCCAAACUCUUCGGCGAAUCCGUCGCUGCUCACAAGAAACCUACCCCUUCCCGCUCUUCUGCCAAUACUUCUCAGCGUACUAAUCCUAGCUCUAAGGGUAAAGCGCCGAUGAGGGGAACCGCCUCAGGGAAUAACUCAAAGAUUGCACUAGGAACACCUGCAACUAUCACAGCCCGUCAACGGAUAGAACAAACUUUUUCUGCCAGUGAACGGAAACCUCUCAGUCAGACUAAGAGAGAUCGACGAACCAUCGAAGAAAUUGAACAAGACAUGAAACGCAAGAAGGUUGAAGUAGGCACUCAAGCCAUCAGACCUUCGAAAGAAACUUCAUUCAGUUCAUCAUUCACCGAGAAAAGAAUUCUUAUACCCUUGAAACCCGUUGCAAGCAGCUCGACGCUCAGGGAAGCCAACAAGAAUCCCCGUCCGCGAUCUGAAACGGUCUCGGCUGUCAAAAGAAAGGCCAUCAAUGGCUUACCUACCCCAUCCUCCAAGCGCCCUCAAUUACCAACGAGCCUACCUAAGGAUAGCAAGCCGAACGGCUCGCGCCCUCUUCCCCAAUCACGAUCAGGCUCGCACAGCGGCCGUCGACAGGACGCAACGGUGUCUGAUGAGGACGAUGAUUCGUCUAACAGCGAGGAAAUGUCUGAACAUGGUGAAGAUGUGGCCCCCUCGGUGCGGGAUGAGAUAUGGAAGAUCAUGGGCAAAGAUCGGAGACAGUAUACUGCUAAGCCGAUCUUCAGUGACGAGGAGGAUGAUAUGGAGGCGGAUGCAGAUGAUGUGCUUGAAGAGGAAGGAAGAGCUGCUCGUUUGGCUAGACUUGAGGAUCAGCGAGAGGAGGAGCGUCUGAGACAACACGAACUGGAAAAGAAAAAAAGACUCUUGCAGCGUCGUCUUUCAAAGUAAACAGACAAAAAAAAACUGAGGCCAACGGAUAGUCACAUCAAACCUUUAAGCUUACUCAUCAGUUUUUUUUCUUAUUUGUUUGUCUUUCUUUUUGUUCUUUAAAAAAUUGUGUUUUAUAGUUUCCUCUGAUCUUUUGUUCAUCGUUCAUAGAAGAUCCAUCUCUGUUUUUUUCCCUAGCUUUAAUACUGUGCAUUUUUUGUUUGUUUGAAAAGUUAUCUUCUGUUUUUGUUUGUUUUGUUCUUGUUCUUUUCUUUCGCAACAACACAUGUUAAAACUCCUUACUUCGCAUACCCAAAAAUACCAAUAAAUGCUGAAAAGUUAC